AAACGGGAGUCGAAAAAAUGGUGGCCAGCGCUCGAGUUCAGAAGCUGCUCCGACGAUACAAACUAGCGAUAGCCGCCGCGUUAACUAUCCUCCUGGUCCAGGGGCUUGUGGUAUGGAGUCUGAGAAGUCUGGAAGAGGGCGAGGCAGAGAAAAAAACACGGCGGUCUAAGCUGCCUGACCACAACAGCCAGGACCCCAAGAGAGACCCGGCUCUUUGGGAGAAGCAGAACUCUUUGUCGGGGAGGGACCGAGGCCGAUGGAGCGGCCGGUCGGAGAGGACGGGGGGCACGGCCGCCAGCGCACUGAGGAGGGGAACCAACCGCAGAGGAGAGAAGCCCAGUGUCAGGGUGAAGGCUCAUCAGAACCGGGGGGUAACAGGAGCCGGGUUAGAACGCGCAGUCAUCCAUGAGCCGUCCAGCAGCCGUAACUUCAGCGAGACCAGAGGAGGCGCAGACGGGAUGGCGAAGGCUCCGGCCGCCGCCAUGCUCGGGGAGCCGGGCAGCGUGGACGGGGUGCACCAGCCCAGCAGCGACUUUGUGCCCAAAUGUCACAUCACGGGCAAGGACGCGCUGUCCGCCCUGCAUCGCGCCGGGUCGCAGCAGUGCCGGCAGGAGAUCGCCAACAUCGUGUGUCAGCAUCAGGCCGGGAAGCUCAUGCCAGGCGCACUCCCUCAGUUCUGCCCUCAGCUCGGUAUAUCUAAUCAGGUGCAGUCCGUUGGCGAGCUGGACAACAGCCUGCUCAAAGUGGAGAACCCGGUCAGAGUGGCGUUCGUUCUGAUGGUCCACGGCCGCGCUGUACGGCAGCUCAAGCGCCUCAUCAAAGCCAUAUAUCACCAAGACCACUUCUACUACAUCCAUGUGGACAAGCGCUCGGGCUACCUGCAUCGGGAGGUGCUGCAGAUCGCCCAGCAGUACCCCAACAUCCGCGCCACGCCCUGGAGGAUGGUCACCAUCUGGGGGGGGGCCAGCCUCCUGAAGGCCUACCUGCGCAGCAUGCAGGACCUGCUCAACAUGCUGGACUGGAAGUGGGACUUCUUCAUCAAUCUGAGCGCUACAGAUUUCCCCACCAGGACGAAUGAUGAGCUGGUGUCGUUCCUCUCGCAGCAAAGAGACAAGAACUUCCUCAAGUCCCACGGGAGAGAAAACGCCCGGUUUAUUAAGAAGCAGGGCCUGGACCGCCUCUUCCACGAGUGUGACAACCACAUGUGGCGUCUGGGCGAGCGCAGCAUCCCAGAAGGCCUGGAGGUCUCCGGCGGAUCUGAUUGGUUCGCGCUCACCCGCCGCUUCGUGGAUUACGUCAUCAACUCCCAGGAUACCUUGGUGUCAGGGCUGAAGCAGUUCUAUACCUACGCUCUGCUUCCCGCUGAGUCCUUCUUCCACACGGUGCUGGGGAACAGCCACAUGUGCGACACCCUGGUGGACAACAACCUGCGCGUCACCAACUGGAACCGCAAGCUGGGCUGCAAAUGUCAGUACAAACACAUCGUGGACUGGUGCGGCUGCUCGCCCAACGACUUCAAGCCUCAAGACCUCAUCAGGAUCCAGCAACUGACCCGUCCGACGUUCUUCGCCCGCAAGUUUGAGUCCUCGGUGAACCAGGAGGCCAUCGACAUCCUGGACACGCACCUGUACGGCCAGUACGCUCCGGGCACCACGGCGCUGAAGGCAUACUGGGAGAGUCUGUUUGAGAAGGAGGACGGCCUGGCCGCGCUCAGCGACACAGCGCUCACCGCUCAAAUGGCUUUCUUUCGUCUCGGCCUGAGGAACCUGCUGACCCCUCAGAGCACCGUGGACGCCUGCAGGUUUGAACCAGUCGGCUACCCUCUGUCAGUACACGUGUACUUCUAUGACGACCGUUUCCAAGGAUACCUGAUUCGUCAGGAGGUCCAGGCCACGGGGUCAAAGGUCAGAGAGACGCUGGAGAUGUGGGCGGUGCCUCAAGCAACGCUCGUCCUGCAGUCAAACCUGAAGGAGUUUGAAAGGCUCAAGAAUCUGGAGAUCGGCACAGAGUGGGAUCCUAAAGAGAGAAUCUUCCGUAACUUUGGCGGCCUCAUCGGGCCUCUGAGCGAGCCGCUGGCGGUGCAGAAGUGGGCGCGGGGUCCCAACCUCACGGCCACCAUCGUGUGGAUCGACCCGGCUCGGGUGGUGGCGGCGUCCUAUGACAUCACGGUGGAUGUGGAUGCAGAAUACACGCAGUACAAGCCCCCGCUGCAGCGCCCCCUGCGGCCCGGUACCUGGUCUGUGCGCGUGUUGAAGCAGUGGGAGCUCGUGGCCGAGGUCAGCUUCCUCGUCAUGCCGCUGACCUUCAAAGACAAGGAGCCGCUACGCAAAGAAGAGGACAGCUGGCUCCACGCAGGGCCCCCAGGCGACCUGUACCUGGAGCAGAGCUACCAGCAGCUGAGCUCCGUGCUGAAGCUGCUCCCCCGAGAGGCGGUGGCCCAGGAGGCGCAGCGGAAAGCCCAGCUGGUGGGGCGGCCCCUCCAAGCCUGGGUGGACAGCAGCAUCAAAGACUUCUGGGUCACGGGCGGUCUCUGCGCCCCACAGACUUCCUCCUGCCCCGCGGUGGGACUCUGCUCCAAAACCUCCUGGAGCUCCAUGUCUCCGGACCCCAAGUCUGAACUGUGCCCGGUGAAAAGUGACGGGAGGAUCAGGUAGCGCCCCCGGCAGAGGAGAGACUGUGGACUGAAACUCAAACACAGUCGUCUCAGAGGCACAUACACAGACGACUCCCUGCACUGAGGACCCUCUCAGUGACGGGCUGAUAGGAAAGUGACUGCGGGAAAUUUGCACAUUUCACAGGACUCGUGUGGUUGUUUGUUGAAUGAUUAUGUUUUAAUGGCACACAGUUUGUCAGUCGGGGUCGGAAAGAAAUCCUCUGCGCCUGUUUGAUCGGGAACUCGGCAACCUCUUCAUUUCAAAGGGGAAUGAAACCUUUUAUGCUUGUUUAUUUUAAAGCAUUCAUGUGUGAGCGUAAGGCAGAUGAAGUGCACUUUACUGUAAGACUGUAAUGUUACACAGAGGUCGCUUGGUUACAGCACGAGGAGUCCGAUAAGACCCGAUCACUUUUAUUUAACAGGAGACCCCUGUAGAUACCUGAGACACCCCCCCCCCCCACCCCCACCUGCACAGACACAUCACUAAAUGACCUGAAUAAGGAAACGAUAAGGAAAGAGCUAGUAGUGGGAUUUUAGUUCUGAUUGAGACAUAUCAUUUUUUUAACAUGUUAUUUUUUUGUAUGUAUGUUAGUUUAUUUCAACUGGCAGAAAGUGUUAAGUUGUCUUUGAUGCCCGUUGUUGCAAGAAAAAGCCACUCUAUUAUUUUUUUGUUGUGUUAAAGGACGUGCACAACGGCUGCAUCAUCAAGGCCGCAGAUAGCCAGGUACAAAACAUGUUAUUGGGUCUUAAGAUGUUAUGUUAAAUGUGGUAUUUCAAGUUUAUCGUGUCAUUUUUGGCUCCAGAUUUCUUUUAAACUCAAUCCAACUUAGCAAGGUGACAAAAAAUGUAUUCAAGUUUUAAUUAAUAGUGUUGUUGCCUCAGGGUUUUAUGAGGAGAUUGAUACUACUUCCUGUUGGGUAAAGGAUUACAACGAUGCUAGCCUGGCUUCAAAACGUCCAAACCUUUCUUUUAAAUGUAAUGCUUUUUAAUUUACAAACGUGGUUGGACACAUUAUGUUUUACCUCCUGCGUUAUAUGCAGUGUUUAUCACGUCUUGGUUUGGUUCACAAGUUGGUAUUAUUUCAAUUCAACCAAAACUGUUUCUCCAUGUUUUACGUGAUGAAGAGAAUCUGAGCUGCCUUCAGUUAGUGGGAAGAUGAAUUGUUUACUACGUGAUAAAAGCUUCCAGAAACGUGCAAUGACUGAGACCCCCUGUCUGUGUGCAUUUUUAAAUCAUUUUUGAAAUGUUCUUAAAUAAUCGUUGGCCACCAUAUGAGUUUUCAAGUGACCUUGUUUACCUUGCACAGUACCGUUGCUUCAGUGAAGCCUCAGAUUUAUGGACAUAAAGAGAGCAUAUGUUAUUUUUCUAUACUGUUUUGAGAGGAGAGUGUGUGUUGUCCGUUCAUCUCCAGUGCUCUGUGAAACUAUUAAAAACUGCUGUCUAAUAAUGUUGUACUGACAGUCCCAGAUCCUCAGUGUCGUUGGAGCAGACUUUGUGUUAUUUAGGAGGAUAAAGGUCUCAGAGUGCGGCGGUGACUCAGUCUGACGCUGUUCGCCUCGAGAAGAGCUCAAAGACAUCCGACUGAUGACUCAAUAAAAACAUUUUUUCUUGA